AUGGCUAAUAUCUUUUUCUUUUCUUCUCAAUCUAAAAGUAUCUACAUACUACUGGCUUACUGUUUUUCUCCUCCACUCUCUCUUUAUAUCUAUCUAUCUAUCUAUCUAUCUAUCUAUCUAUCUAUCUAUCUAUCUAUCUAUCUAUCUAUCUAUCUAUCUAUCUAUCUAUCUAUCUAUCUCAUUAUACAGACACACACACAUUAUAUAUAUUUUCAUUUCAUUUUCAAUCUCUCUUCCUACACCUUUACAUCUCUUUGCUCCCAUCUAUCUAUCUAUCUAUCUAUCUAUCUAUCUAUCUAUCUAUCUAUCUCAGUCUGUUCAUAUCUAUUUAUCUACCUCUGUCUUUUCAUACUGCUCAUAUCUAUCUACUUAUCUAUCUCAUUCUGUUCAUAUCUAUCUAUCUAUCUAUCUAUCUAUCUAUCUAUCUAUCUAUCUAUCUAUCUAUCUAUCUAUCUAUCUAUGUAUCUAUCUAUCUCAUUAGCUAGCUCAGUCUGUUCAUAUAUGUCUAUCUAUCUAUCUAUCUAUCUAUCUAUCUAUCUAUCUAUCUAUCUAUCUCAGUCUGUUCAUAUCUGUCUACCUACCUAUCGAUCUAUCUCCGUCUGUUCAUACCGAUCUAUCGAUCUAUCUAUGUACAUCUCCAGUUGCUUUGAUCUAUACACUAUCCUUCUCCUCAUCCUUUCCUCUAUCACUCCUAUCUACUCUCGCUUCUUCUUCUUCUUCUUCUUCUUCUUCUUCUUCUUCUUCUUUCUUCUUCUUCUACAUACUCCUCCGCCCUUUUCAUUACACUGA